GUCACGUGAGUCGAUCCCAAAGUGCAUUGUUUUGUGUUGCCUCGGUCUGGACUCAACGCAUCCGCUCUGUGCUCCGGUGCUUCGCGCAAACUGUACCGAGGCACUCGACAGCUGUUCUCCGGGGUUGGCACGAUGCUGAGCGCCGCCGCCGCGGAGAGGAACAAGGAGCCCAUCCUGGCGGUGCUCCGGGAGAGCGCGGGCACCGGCAGAGCCCUGCAGGCCCUGGAGGUGUCCUCCGGCACCGGGCAGCAUGUCACACACUUCGCGCAGGCCCUGCGGAACAUCACGUGGCAGCCGUCAGAGUACGACCCCCAGUCUAUAGACAGUAUAGACGCGUACAGAGCUCACUACCAGCUGAACAAUGUGAAGCCCGCCAUCCACCUGGAUGCUUCGCUGCCCCAUCAGAGCUGGGGAGGGAUCCAGCCCGAGAGCCUCGACCUGGUGGUCAACAUCAACAUGAUCCACAUUUCCCCCAUGUCUUGUACAGAGGGUUUAUUCAAAGGGGUCGGAGAAGUGUUGAAGCCGCAAGGUCUUCUAUUGACAUAUGGGCCCUACGCAGUGAACGGCCAGAUCACCCCCCAAAGCAACGUGGACUUUGACUACAGCCUACGACAGAGGAAUCCAAAGUGGGGGCUUAGAGAUAUCUCCCUGCUGAGCUCUUUAGCACAACGAAGUGGUUUGUUCCUGGAGAAAAUAGUGGACAUGCCAGCAAACAACAAGUGUCUUCUGUUCAGGAAGGAGAGUUUGGUGUGAAGUGUCCCGUCGUUCAUUCCCUGGAACCCAGUUUUGGAGCAGGAUGAUCAAAGCGCCUUAACUUACACUUGAAGCUCAGAUACAUUGCCAACUUUUCCAGAACUGUAAAUUAAACAUGUUUCCCUAUAUUCUAACACACAUUGACAUUAUUUGAUCUGCACUGUGACCCUCUAACCAAUGGCACAAUAUAUUGCACACUCGAAUAAAAUGAAUAAGGCUCACAGA